CGAUUACGCUGUUUAAAAGGAAACGAUUCGAUCUCGGAAUCGAUCCGCGGCGCGGUCAUGGCGGGCAGCAGCAGCAGCAAGUCGGCGUGGAAGGCGAUGGUCGCCUUCGGCCUCCUCGCCCUGGCUCACGCCGCCUUCUCUGCCGCGCAGCAUCGCUCGUACACAAGGUUAACGGAGCAGGAGAACGAAAGCCUACCUUCCGACAUUGUGCUGCAGACGCUACUGGGGCUGCUGGUGGCGGUGUACGGCGUGGUGAACAUCGCCGGAGAGUUCCGUGACAUGGACGCCACCGCCGAGCUCAAGUACAAAACGUUUGAGAACAUGAGCAAUCGUCCGUCCUUCUACACGUUCAACCACCGCGGGCGGGCGCUGUUCGGCCAGCCCGAGGGCCCGGAGACCGUGAGGGCGGCCGAAAUCCCCAACCUGCAGCGGCGACUCAAGUGACGCGGCGGCGCUUGCGCACGAUGCAGAAAUUUGCAGAAGCAACCGACCGACUUCCUUGGACAAACUUUAUAUUGUUGUUUUUGUUGUUGGCAAGACAAGAGUUUAACUCCCCGUGAGGUUUUAAACCAGAUGUUUAUAUUUAAAUGUUCGCCGUCGUUAGAAAGUUUUUAUGUUUCUCGGCUUCUGUGGAUUUCCUUUGCGGUUGUAAUUUCAUAUGUAAUUGAUUACUUUUGGUUGCACCUUGCAUGCCUAAUGCAGUGAAAAGGAAUUCAUAAUUGGUGUGAUAUUUCUGAACGUUGCAAGUAAAUCUCAUCCCUUCCAUGUUCUGUAUACCUAAUCAUUAAACAUCAUGUUUGAGUGGGGAAUCUUUUCAUUGCCAAGGGCCAAAUAGGACUUAAUUACCGAGGGCCAAACAUGAGGACUUUACAUAUUCAUUGACUUUUUAGGCUCUUAUCCACUUGAAAUUCGUCCUAGAAACACUUUUUUCAUUAGGUUAACAUUCCCCGCUCGUACCCUAUUCUCGUGCAUUUAGGAUUCUUGCAUAGAUGGAUAAUUUUUCUUUGCCGGAUGCUUGGAAGUGGUAGGGGGCCCCAUGUGGCUGCAGGCCGUGUGGAAAAAAAUCUGCAGGUAGUAUCCCCACCUCUUAACGGGAGCUCGCUUGGAUCUGGUUUGCAUGGUUCAUGGAAAGUACUGACGGGGAAGGGCUUGGACAAGUAUAUGAGAGGUGCAUGAACACCAGCACGUGUGUAUUCGCACGGAUCUCUUCCCAACUGGGAUGGAGUCACAAUCCAAUGGCCCUGCCAUUCAUAUAAUUAUAAAUGACACAAAUUUAUUCAAGAGAGCCUCACCGAGUCUCAAGACUCCUUUUAUUGUUGAUGUGUUUGACAAUGCUGAUAAGCGUUUUGCCUGUGGGAUGGAGUGAUGGCACCAGGGUAAGUGCACUGCGCUAUGAACUUUGUGGCCUCUGUUCGAUUCCCAGCCAUGGUUAACAUUAGUGGAAAGUGAUGCCAUAACCGGUUCUGGCCGACCGCGUCACCAACCAGCACUGCCCAAAGUGGUCAAUUAUGGUCAACUGACAGUACGUGGGGAGGCUUUCAUCUAAUAGUAGAUUGACGGGGCUAUAAACUACGUGAACAAAAUUCUUAUGUUAGAUUUAAGCUCAUGGAGCAAACACAACUACAAACAAAACAGUGAGAUGCGAUACAAAUGUGACGGUAACAAUUGCAUGAAAUAAUCCAAUUGUAACAGUUGAUUAAAUUGCUAGGGGUGGUGAAUCUGUGCAAGUCGUUGAUAUAUCCUGGUUAAAUGAGCAUCGAGGCAUUGUAUCGAUGCUAAUCUCGUAUUUAUAACCCCCAGUGGGAGAUGGAAGUUCCACGUCCCUAUGUCUUGCAGGGGGUGAGGCUCUCCAUAAUGCAACCACUGUUGGCUACGUCAAACAUGGACCCUGGAGGGAUGAUUGGUCAAGUCGACCCACAGUACUUGAACCCAUGCGAGCCGCACACUCUACCGCCAAGCCACAAUAAUUGCUAAUGUUAAUACAAUUACCACUGACUGCUAAGUACCACGGUGUAAUGCGUUUGUUAAAAAAAAAGUUACAUUUCCAUGCAGAACGAACGUUAUGGUCGCACUGUGCUGCCCAGUACAAAGUGUGGCUGCUUUUAAUUUAUGCUGGGUUUUUUUCAUUAAAGUGAAACGCCAAUGGGCAUUAAUUAGGUUUCUGUGCCCGAUGAAUGUCUGCUGUCGUUCCUUAUCCACAUAAAAGCCCCGUUAAAUUGGCACGCUUACUAUGGAAAUGUUACCGCUCACGAUUCUAAAGCCUCCAGCGACGAUUUGCAAGCUCUCAUCCCAUCAUCUGAAUCACGAUGACGAGAAAGAAAAUAAUUGAGUGCUGUCUACCUGUUGGUUUUGUUACGUUUUCAUUUUCGAAUGCCGUAUAUACGACGUGUUUAGUUUUGACAGGAACCGGCACACGUGGUGUUUCUGCUCCUUAUAUAAGGAUUCAUUUGUCCCUUAGCCCUUCUAUCCAUCUCCUUGGAGGACGCCCUCUCCUGCGUGUUCCUUCCCUUAACUGCCACUCUGUUUAGAAUUUGACUCGUGUGCAUGUCCUAGGUGGAUUGUUAGAUCACAUGACUGAGCAGUGGUGACGGCUUGGGACCUCCGUCCAGAGUGGAUUGAUCACGGUUGAUGAACCAACCCUUCUAUCCAAAGGCCAUGCAUGAACAUGUUGAUGAGAAUUCCUCCAUUUGCAUGUGUUCAGUUAUACAAAUUUGAAUAUACGUUUGCAUGUCUUUGUGGGCCUUGCUUCACCACUGGCGAUAAAAAGUUUGAUGACA